AUGAAAAUACAACUGAGAGUUUUACCGAUUUUCUACUUAACGAAUAUCACUGCUGCCAUCUCUAUCAUUACGAGAUCAGAAUGGAGAGGUCGUACAACAACUGUGACCAGCCACUUGGCCCGAGGUUUAGGUUACGUGGUAAUUCAUCACUCGGCUGGUGCCUAUUGCAAUACGACGACCACUUGCAGUGCUCAAAUGCGCAUUAUGCAAUCGUAUCAUAUGGAUUCUAUGGGUUGGCCUGAUAUUGGCUACAAUUAUGGCAUUGGUGGCGAUGCCAAUAUCUAUGAAGGUUGUGGUGCUGAUGUUAUGGGAACUCAUGCCAGAGGCUGGAAUAGCAAAUCGUAUGGCAUUGCGUUUAUGGGCAACUACAAUAAUUAUUCACUGACGGCUGCACAAAUUGCCAAAGCUAAGGAAUUGAUUGGUUGGUUGGUAAGCCAGGGUUAUGUUGCAGCCAAUUACACAUUGUAUGGCCAUCGUCAAGUGCGUGCCACUGAAUGUCCUGGUAGUAAUUUGUAUAACGAAAUUGAAAAGUGGAAUCAUUGGAAGGCGGAAGUAAAAGAUGAGGGUGAAUUGUAAAGUAAAUCGAAAUCAUGUUUUUAUUUCACAAAAAUGUAA